AGGCAUCACAGAUUACGGAAAUCUGACAUAAAGACGGAACUCACUGCAUGCACUCAGUGGGUCCGGCAGCAUCAACGGAGAGAGAGAGGAGCUUUGGAUAAUCGUUUAAGUGACACCAUGGACAGACGAUGUGGACUACUCACAGCUGAGAAUGCCCCAGUGCCUCUCAAGGGUAUCUCCGUCCACCUGGAGGUGAAGGGCUUUGUGGCCGACCUCUCCGCCAGCCUGGAGUAUGUUAACGAGGAGCUUGACCCCCUGGAGGCCAUGUUUGUCUUCCCCAUGGACAGCGACUCUGCCGUCUACCACUUCCAGGCGCAGGUGGGAGGCAAGACCAUCGUGGCCUCCUUGAAGGAGAAGGAGCAGGCCAAGGAUGAUUACGAUGAUGCCAUCUCGUCGGGACGUCAGGCCUUCCUGCUCCACGAGGACGAGAGCAGCAGUGACGUCUUCAGAUGCAGCGUGGGCAAUCUGCCGCCCGGGGACAAGGUCACCGUCUCCUUCCGUCUGGUCCAGGAGUUGCCGCUCGAGGCCGACGGGGCUGUCAGAUUCACCCUGCCCGCUGUGCUCAACCCUCGCUACACUCCCGCAGGUACGCAAGGUCCCAAAAUCACCAGCGCCUCUGCCCCUGUGGACAAGCUGCCCUACACCUUGCAGCUUGAGGCUGACUUCCACAACUCUCUUGGCAUCUCACGGGUCCAGUCCAAUUGCGGGGUUACACCUGUAGAGUUCCUGAACCCGGAGAAAACGUCAGCCAAGCUCUCUCUGGCAGACGGACACGGCUUUGACAGGGAUGUGGAGUUCCUGAUCUACUGCGACAAGAUUCAUGAGCCCAGCGCGGUUGUCGAGGGGGGCCUGGAGACGGCUGCCCAAGGGACCCUGAUGGGUGAGGCUGCAGUUAUGGUGAAUCUCUUCCCCAGUUUUUCCCAGACUGCGUCCAAUGCCUCGGUGGGGGAGUUUAUUUUCCUGAUGGACCGUUCGGGAAGCAUGGGAUCGCAGAUGUCCCAGGAGGACAAGAGGCCCCGCAUAGAGUGUGCCAGGGAAACGCUGCUCCUGCUCGUCAAGAGCCUUCCCAUGGGAUGCUACUUCAACAUUUACGGAUUUGGGAGCAGCUUUGCGUCGUUCUUCCCGACCAGCGUGGAGUACACGCAGAGCUCCACGCAGGAGGCCCUGGACAAGCUGAAGACCGUCAGUGCCGACAUGGGGGGCACGGAGAUACUGCAGCCCCUCUCCGCCAUCUACAGAACCGCCCGUGGCACUGGGCACCCCCCGACAGGUAACGCAGGGGUCACAGGUCAAGCCCAACAGGUAACGGGGGGGUCACAGGUCACCCCCGACAGGUAACGCAGGGGUCACAGG